UUUUUCCUUUGACUGGUAAGAGAUGAUGAGUGGGAGGGGGACUAGGUAUCCCUUCACGGCAACUCAAUGGCAGGAGCUGGAACACCAAGCUCUCAUCUUCAAGUACAUGGCCUCAGGCAUCCCCAUCCCCUCUGAUCUCCUCCUCCCCAUCAGAAGAAGCUUCUUGCUGGACUCCUCCCCAUCCACCAACCCUUCUCUUGCAUUCCCACACCCACUACCAAUGGGGUGGGGGAGCUACCAUCUGGGUUAUGGAAAGAAGGCAGAAGACCCAGAACCAGGGAGGUGCAGGAGGACAGAUGGGAAGAAGUGGAGAUGCUCCAAAGAUGCCUACCCUGACUCUAAAUACUGCGAGAGACACAUGCACAGAGGCAAGAACCGUUCAAGAAAGCCUGUGGAAAUGUCACUAGCUUCCCAUCCCAGCACACAUCAUUCCCUCUACCACUCUCCUCCACCUCCUCUCUCUAUUUCCACUCCUGAGCUAUUCUACACUGGUUACUCAUCUUCUGCCAAACCUCCAAACACCACCCACCUGCACCUUGAUACUGGGAGUUAUUACACAACAGACAACAAAGAUUACUACAGGUAUGCACAUGGAAUGAGAGACGUUGAUGAAUAUAGUUUCUUUUCUGAGGCUUCCGGUGCUGCUAGAGAGACUAGUUCUUGGCCAAAACUGAGCACUGCAACACAGCAGCAUGGAUAUGCUGACUACUCUACCUGCACAGAAGAUUUGCUGUCCAAGGAGGAGAGUGGGAAGCAGCAUUGUUUUGUCUUGGGGGCUGAUUUCAAGCUGGAGAAGCCUGUGAAGGAGGAUAGGGAGAAGGUGCCUUUACGCCAUUUCUUUGAUGAAUGGCCACAGAAGAGCAAGGAGACGUCUCCGUGGAUGGAUCUCGAGGAACAUUCAAGCUCCAAAACCCAGCUUUCCAUCUCCAUCCCUGCAAUGACAUCAAGAUAUCACAUUGAAGAUUGAGAGGAAGUUAAACGAGUGAUCCAGAGAGGUCCAUGAUAUGUUAUGUCAGGCAGUUGAUGUUCCCUAGUGGGCUUUUUUACCCAUCCUUGCUAUGUUUGCUAGCAAUUUAUUUGUUUUUGC